AUGGAGGAGGCAGGGCGUAAAGGAGAUCCGUUUCCAGGUUUUGAGAUGAGAGUUCACAACGACGACUGCGUUUUCCGGCGAUCUCUAAGCUGCCGGCUGCAGAGAAGAGCUCCUUGUCCUCUCUCAUUACCACCAAGACCUCCUCCUUCUAAGGAAUCUCCUCCUCCUACGACUGUUGUCUCCACGUCUGCGUUAUGUCAAAACGGCACAGAUCCGAUCCCUCUAUUGUCCCCACUCGUCUCUCCUUCAAUGCUUCAACCUAAUCCCACCACCACCACCACCUCUCGCUGA